GCCUAUCCGCUUCCGGGUUAGCGCGUCGCGUCGCGUCGCGUCGCGGGCCUCUGCGCGGCGGCCGCUGCCCCCAGAGCCAGCACAGCUGAGAGUUUGAACUGGAUUAGACGUUAACUUGUGCGUUACCAGAAUGGUUUAUUAUGUUCCAUUAUUGGGGAUUCCGUGUUAAUGGUGAUGGGUGAGCCUGAGAAAACACAGCCUGACUUGCAUGUCGCAGGCUCUUUUUUAACCUGCUGUCUUGAAGACAAGAGGUUCAGCUGAUCAGGAGUCCCUAUUAGUAAUUUAAGAAGAAUGGAAGGUGUGGAGUUUAAGGAAGAAUGGCAAGAUGAAGAUUUUCCAAGGCCCCUGCCAGAGGAUGACCCUGAAUCAGAUAUAUUGGCUGAGGCUGGAAGAGAAGGUGAAAUUGAAGUUAAUGGAAACAAAGUGAGGAAGAAACUAAUGGCACCAGAUAUUAGCUUAACUUUGGAUCACAGUGGGGAAUCUGUAUUGUCUGAUGACUUGGAUGAGAGUGGAGAGAUUGAUUUGGAUGACUUGGAUACUCCCUCAGAGAACAGUAAUGAAUUUGAAUGGGAAGAUGAUCUUCCAAAACCAAAAACUACUGAUGUAAUUAGAAAAGGAUCGCUUACGGAGUACACUGCUGCAGAAGAAAAAGAGGAUGGUCGACGCUGGCGUAUGUUUAGGAUUGGAGAACAGGACCAUAGGGUGGACAUGAAGGCAAUUGAACCGUAUAAAAAAGUUAUCAGUCAUGGUGGUUAUUAUGGUGAUGGGUUAAAUGCCAUUGUUGUUUUUGCCGUAUGCUUUAUGCCAGAAAGCAGCCAGCCUAACUACAGAUAUCUAAUGGACAAUCUAUUUAAGUAUGUAAUUGGCACUUUAGAGCUAUUAGUAGCAGAGAACUAUAUGAUAGUUUACUUGAAUGGUGCAACAACACGGAGAAAAAUGCCAAGUUUAGGCUGGCUCAGGAAAUGUUACCAGCAAAUUGACAGAAGGUUAAGGAAAAAUCUGAAAUCAUUAAUAAUAGUUCAUCCUUCUUGGUUCAUCAGAACGCUUCUGGCCAUCACUAAACCUUUUAUUAGCUCAAAAUUCAGCCAAAAAAUUAGGUAUGUUUUUACGUUGGCAGAACUAGCUGAACUCAUCCCCAUGGAAUACGUUGGCAUCCCAGAGUGCAUAAAACAGUAUGAAGAAGAAAAGUUUAGAAAGAAACAGAAAAGCAGAAUUGACCAAGAGCUGAAUGGGAAACAAGCAGAAAAAUGAACAGUAAGUUUGGAAUCCAAACAGAACAGAAGAAUAUGCAGAUGGAAUGAUUCUAUUUUUUUCUUCAUUUACAAUGCAUUCAUUAAUGUGUGUGUAUGUAUGUGUAUAUAUAUAUUAUAUAACCUGUUACAAAAGGUGCUUGAUUUCUUUGAACUAGCACACAAUGGACUGUUCACUGCUGUAUUGGUUUAAGUCUUGACUUUAAUAGCUACCUUUAUAUGUAAUCAUUUUAUACUGCUAAAUGUCAAAGAACCCUAUGUUUUUAGAGAACAUUCUUGCAAUUGUUUAUCUAAAUGAUGCAUGUUCUUCAGUCAAGUAUUUAUAUACCUAAAUGUUAAAGGAAAGAGAUAAUAUAUAUUUUUAUGAGUCUUAGCAAUAUAAUGUGUACCUGCAAAAGGAAUUAAUUUGCAGGUAGAUAAGGCCAUAAAUGACUGUUGUUGUUACUGUACAAAGUGCGUGAUUUGUUCUGUUGUAAAUGGUCAAAUGCAUUUCUUGGUGGUUGCAGAAACCUUAUCUUUUUGGAUGUUAACGAUCACGUAAUGUAGUCCUUCACAAGUGUGGCAAUACUUGGUUUUGUUCAUGUUCCUAAUACAAGCAGAAUUCACUCACCUUGCUAGAGUGAGCUUGAACUCUGGAUAUCUUUUGUCCAUUUCUCAGCAUCUAUAACUGUAGUUCUGUGAACUUCAGUCUGUUGGCCAAAGGGUUUAUUGCUGGGAACUGAAUUAUUGAGAUCACUAAUGGGAUACUAGAUCUUUCUCUAAGUUGCAAAUGCACAUUCUGCCUCAGUAAAUCAAGGCUACUUCUGGUUCAGUUAUGAGAUUGAAAUAAGUUUGGUUCUUCCUGGAUGAGUAUCAGUUGUCACCAACAGAAAUUCUGGUUGUUUUCAGUAGAGCUUAGAAGCUGCAUAGAUAUAAUUCUAACCAUAAUAUGAGUUGUCUGCACAGGUAAAAUUUAGGUAUCUUGCAGAGGUAAGGGGAAUCUUUAAAUGCAUAUAUCAUAUUUGUGGAUGAAGCAUCCAUUUCUAAAGCUAUUGGUUUGGCACCUUUUACUGGCACUAACUUCACUUUUUUUUUUAAGGCGAUUUAAAGGAGGGGUUCUGAUAAUAGCUGUAAAUGUGUCUAUAAGAGGUGUUCUUGAAUGCAUCAACCAGUGUUUAUAGGUUUAUCAGGGUAACAGAAUUAUGCACUGCUUAUAAAAAUUUGUAAAAUCUGUUUGAUAAUCAUUCUUUCUUCCCUGUAAGAAGUGGUAUAUGCAAAUGAAUCCAUUCAGGAGCUGAACAGUUUUAAUAUUAGAAGCAAAUGUAUUAAAUAUUUUUUGUUUUCUAUUGUGCUCACAACUUUGUCUUACUACUAAAAGUAUAAGUUCUUAAUUAGUUUAAAUGUUGGUAUAAUACAUAGUUCUUUUAUAAAAAUAAGGUGGCAUUCAACUAGAUUACUACUUGGCACUGAUACAUAGAAGUCGAGAGCUAGUUCCAUGGUCAGGAUUCGUUACUAAUGAACACUUAAUCUGCUAUCUUUAAUGAUACAUGGACACUACAAGAGCAGAUACUCAUGUAUCGUUGAUGGAAAUGUCUGCAAACUGGACACUUUAAUGUCCUGUUUAUUUUAACUCUACUAUUUCCAUAGUGUAAUGUGUAUGAACAUGCAAGCCUGGAAAUCUUCCUGAUUUUUACUGAUUGUAUGUGGCUCCUAAGAUAGGUAUUAAGUAUUCUGAUCAUCUUAUUUCAAAAUUUUCCUUAAACACCCUUCUCAGUAAAAGCAUAUUUUUUGUCUUGUUGCUUUCUAUAUAUAUUGUGCAGUACAGAGUAGCCAGCAUGCUGUAUGGGCCUUAUUCAUGAAUGAUAGAAUUGUUAGCUUUGCCUUUCCUCGUGGCUGACUGGUUCUACAGUGUCAUGUUGCAGAAGUGCUAUUUCUUUGAAAAUGUAUAUAUGCUUACCUAAUUGUUUAGUAUAAGUUUUUGUGAAUGAAUACACAGCAUAGCAGUUCUUUUCCUGUCCCCUAAAGAUGCACAGCUUGAGAAACAUGUUUGCUAUGGAUGAUUCCUCUCUGACAUUUUCCAGCCUAUCAUUUAAUGGUGAGAUGUAUGUUUACAAAAAGCAAAGAGGUCCCAAAGUUGCCUUGAACACACAUAGGUAACUUUUUGUCAAAUUUAUAUUUUUAAAUCUGUAAGACAAUAUAUUUUAAUAUCUGAAAACAAGAAAAAGUUGGAAUGCCAUACUUGAAAUUAUUUCAAAACCUGGAUCACUUUAUAGUAAGAUGUAGUAUUGUAGAAAAUUCACAUUUGAAUGGCACUUUGUGCUAAAAGUGAAAUUCAUGGUGCAAGAAUACAGUUUAAGCCCUGUCAAAAAAAGAUGAAUUCGUAAGCCACUAAUUUACCUUUGAUUUGGAGGUUUCAUGAUUCUUACAUGAAAAAUGUGGUAGUAAGUUAGUAGCUUUUUGUUAUUAUACUGUGCAACUGAAAUGGAGAUGUUUGGGCCAGUGGCCUGCUUGUAUGGAUGUGAGGUUUUAUAAACUGAUUUCUACCAUAGGAGGAAUGUUCCGAAGUGUCAAAGAUAAUUUGGAGCAAAAGUGCCAUUAAAAACUGAGAGUAGACUAGACUGCUUCAAUGUUCUUGAUCUUCUACCUAGUACGGCAAAGACAUGUUCUGUUGGAAGGCAUUGGAGAAGGAUGUAAAAAGACAGCGCUGAAGCAGAUUGAAAUAUUUGAAGUAACGGGAUUUUAAAAUGGAGAGUAUUUGUUUCCAAAAAGCUUGGAGCUUGUUAAAAUAAUAGGUAACCCUGUGUAUAACUUAAUGCAGUUUGGCAUCUAUGCCAAGUGUUUUUCUAUUUAUUUUCAGUGAACAAGUGAGAAUAGCACUUCUUGGAGUGAGGAAUUGUGUAUUCAAAUACAGUAGCUAUAUUCUAAAUAGCACACAGGUAGUAUACAGCCUGGUAUUUGCUAACGUGUUUCGGCAAACUUACUGCAUUGCACACUUGAUAAAUGCUAUAAUGGCGGCUUAAGAUCUCCCAACAGUUGAUUUGUGUCAGAUUUUAAAACUAGAUUAAGUGUUGGAGGUAAUGGAAUCUUUUACGAAAUGACCUUAAAGUUGGGGGAAGAAGGCGUCAGUGCCUAGUUGUAUGUUAGAGAUUCACUGUCGCCUACUGAAAAAUCUAUAGUGACUAGAAAAAAGUACCAAACUUCUAAACAGUAUCUAUUGCAGAGAAAAGAUUCUUAGUAAAAGGAGUGAUUUCUUUCAGUGUCAAAUUAUCAUUUGUGUAUGAGACAAUGUACUUGGUAUUUAUUAUGUAGAAAGAUGGCUUAAAUGCAGCUGUUACCAAAAGCUGUUGUCUUUGGAGAUUAUUUUAAAUUGUGCUUUUUAUAACUGCAGAAGUUUUAUAAAGUUUUUGGUGAAAAUUCUUCUUCAGUCCUGUGGUGGAUGCAGGUCAUUCUCUAAAGGAUUUGUUUCACAGAUAGUGGUUCUAGAAACUUUGGAGUAAGCGUGCUUUUCAGUCAGAGUAGCACUCUGAAAUACAAGGAAUAUUUAAAUGUCCAUAUUUUGAAAGACAAAUCUUGCAGCUGUCCUGACUUCGUAAUUGUAAGUUAAACUAUGUUGUUUCCCGUGUCAUACCUUGCUCUGUAUAUUGAGCUCGUAGGAAAAAGUGGUGCAUCUGCACAGUGAAGAAGGUCCAGUCAGUAGUGUUUAGUGUUUUCUUCGUUUCCCUCAGGUAUAACUGAGAUGGUCAAAAAAAUGGCUUUAAUUUUGUUGAACUAUUUCAGCUCACUUUUCAGUUCUGUGAUUCAGGCUGCCCAGGUUACUCUGAAAUAUCUUUUUCAUCUCCCUCCCCCCAUACUGAAAAUGAUCUGACGCAAAACUACUGCAGUGUUUUCAAAAACAGGCGGCCUGAUCUUACCAUGCUCCCUACUCUAAGUUUGCUCAGCAAGCUGCUAGCUAAUACUUCUGAUGUGGAAUUCCAGGUUAAUAUUUAGAAAAAGUACUCAUGGCAGACAGAUACUUUUCGAGAGGCUUUGCAAUGCUGCAGUGUUCUUUAUUCAAGCAUCUGAACAAAGCCUUUUUACUUAAAAGCCCAAGUUGUAGGGCUGUGUACCAGUUGAAUGCUCGAUAGAAGGGCUGAAAUACUAUUAAUAUCAGUAUAUGUCAGUGUGAAUGCUGAUACGGGAAACUUGCAGUGUUAAUAAAAUGAAGUUGCAGUAGUCUUAGGGGUUUCUGGGCUCUACAAAGAUUCUGCAAAAGGCAUUACUGAUAUAUGAUCAUAUGCAGAAAAGGCAAUUUAUGUAUCGUAGGUCAUUGACUACUCAUAGUCUUCACACACAGAACUGUAUUUUCCUUUGCCCCUUUAAUUCUGUAAAUAAAAGAUUCUUUUUCACCUACCUCUGAAAAAUAGGUUGUGAUCCCUUUCUUUUAAAUGAACUAAUGUUUUCUCUUUGAUUUUUCAAGGUGUCAUGGAGUAAUGUGAUACACACAUGCUUAACACUUCUUGGAAACUUCUUAAUUAGGAAAAAUACAUGCUAAAUGCAAUAAAUACUUUUGGAGAAGGUCUGAAUGUU